AUGGAUUGUGUUGACAGCCUGAUUAUAUCUACAGAGAAAGUGAAUAUGUUGUUUGAUGACCGUGAAGGAACGAGCAAGAGACCACAAUCAGGAGAAAGUGACUGGAUACUUCCUGGAGCCUCACUAGGAUGUCUAAAGCUAAUACUGCUCCCCUUCGGAUUCACUCUGGACAUCAAAGAUAAACACGUUCAAGAUGCUGCUAUUCACAUCCAGUCAUACCAAGAUCAUGGAAAGGAGCUACGGGAGAAGGGCCCUCCAAAGAUCCUACAGGUGCUUAAGGACGUGGUGGUCCUGGACGGCAGCGCAGCUAAACUAGAGUGUAAGGUCAGCGCUUUCCCGACCCCUUUAUGGUGUGGUCCAAGGAUGGCAAAGAGCUUAAGGAUGAGCCAAAGUACCGCUAUGUGUUUGAAGACCCUGACGUGGUUGCCUUUGUGGUGCAAAACAAAUUAA